GAGUCUGGCAGGAGUGCAAUAUUAACCGAGCCCAGAACAAGAGAAAGUUUUCAACCAUGUCUAACGGAGUUUGCGUGGAAGAAACGGACAAAGCUUCUGUUUGGGACUUUGUAGAGUCGUCUCAGAGGUCACAGUGCAGUUGCUCAAGGCUUAAGAACCAGAAACAGCGGGCAUGUAGCACCCCAGGGCAUCCUCCAUCUGCUGGCCAGCCUCCUCAGCCCUCUACCAAACACAAGAUGGCAGAGAAGCUGGAGAAAGGAGACAAGCAGCAGAAGAGGCCCCAGACACCCUUCCACCACCGCAGCUCUCUGUGUGAAGAGCAGCCCAACGUGGAGCAGGGAGAUGCUGUUCACAGGCUGUGUCUGCAGGGCCACGAGGACAGCCGCUACCCCAGCCUCCAUCAUGCCGAUGUCACCUCCAGCAAGACCCCAAUGAUGCACGGUUCAACUGAUGAGAUGGCCGGCUCCCCUCAGCCCCCGCCGCUCAGCCCGCACCCUUGUGAGCGUGUAGAGGUGACGGCCAACGGCCUAAAGACUUCCUCCUCGCCCUUGCACCAACACUUCUACCCUCCUUCCUCUGAGCCCUGCCUGGUGCCCCAGAAACCCCCUGAUGAUUCUCCUCUAGACCCAUUGCCCUUACCCUGCCCACCUCCAUACCCAGAGUCCCUAGAAGCCACCGUAUAUGUUGGCUCCGCCGUAAACCCCAACGAGGACACAACACAUAACCCCUGGAGGUACUUUAGGGUGCCUGGUGGCAAGAAUGCGAAUUUCCACACACCUCAGCUUCCUGUGGUCAUGCUUUUUGAGGAUGGUAACAGGGCCGGAGGCCAGGAUGGUGUUGUGUCAGUUACAGAGUUUAUGUCCUCCUCCAAAAGGCCUCUGAAAGUGUCGGAAGACCUGGUGAAGAUGUACGAGCAAAAGAAAAACCAGCAUCUCUCUGCAGCUGUGUGCGAUGGAGACCAGGAACGUGAAUCUGAUCCUUAUGCUUUUGAGGAAGGAGAUGAGGAGUUUACUUUCUCUGAUAAAGACAAAAAGCCUGGAGCCGAGAGGGAGACCGGGAAGAAAAAUAAGAGGGAUGAUGGCAGUGUGUCAUCUUCUGAUGAUGCCCAGGGGUCAGGUGGCAGUAAACCACUUCCUACCACCAGCUUGAUUCAUGAGACAGAUCUGGUCGUGUCCAUUAAUGACCUGGACAACCUCUUUAACUCUGACGAGGAUGACCUGACGCCUGGAUCCAGGAGAGCUGCUGGUGGAGCAGAGGAAAAAAUUGACUCUGCAGACCUGCACCAGAUGUUCCCAACCCCUCCGUCACUGGAGCAGCACAUCAUCAUGGGCUACUCUCCUAUAAACAUGGGCAAUACGGAAUCAGCAGCUGGCCUUUCUCUCCUGGAUGGGGCCAUCAGCGGGAACUUCAAGAUGGAGGUGGAGGAGGGUUUCUGCAGCCCCAAACCCUCAGAGAUUAAGGACUUCUCCUACGUGUUUAAACCAGAGUCCUGCCAAGCGCUUGUCGGCUGCUCCCUUUACGCCCCUCUGAAGAUGCUGCCCAGCCAGUGUCUGCUUCCCAUCAAGCUUCCAGAAGAGUGUGUGUACCGGCCCAGCUGGACAGUCGGCAAACUGGAGAUGCUGCAGCCGAUGGCAGCCAUGACCUUCCUCAAUAAGGACAGUAACAUCCCUAGUGUAGGAAGUGCAGCUGAGCAGGACCAGAGCUGCACCCCUCAGACACACAACACCUUUAUGUCUAACAGCGCCCCUCCCAGCAACAGCGGCGCUGGCAUCCUGCCCUCCCCUGCCACCCCUCGAAUCUCUGCCCCGACGCCACGGACACCCCGGACCCCACGCACCCCCAGAGGCCCUGCCAGCGUCCAAGGCUCGCUGAAAUACGAGAACUCCGACCUCUACUCUCCUGCCUCUACGCCCUCCACCUGCAGACCUUUAAAUUCGGUAGAGCCGGCCACCGAGCCUUCCAUCCCAGAAGCUCACAGCCUAUACGUCACCCUCAUCCUCUCCGAGUCGGUCAUGAACCUCUUUAAGGACUGCAACUUUGACAGCUGUUGCAUCUGCGUCUGCAACAUGGACAUUACGGGGGCGGAUGUGGGCGUCUACAUCAGCGAUCCCAACAUGGAUUCGCAGUACUCAAGCAUGGACCCCUGCUCCUGCGGUUUUAGCGCUGUCAUGAACCGUCGCUAUGGCAACGGGGCCGGCCUCUUUCUGGAGGACGAGAUGGACAUCAUGGGGCGGGGUUCAGAUGCCGGACGGGAGACUGAGAAGCACUUUGAGGCUGUACGCACAGCCUCCGUUCAGAGAGGGGCAGCCCUUAAAGAGCAGGUCCCGGAUGAUCUAAUCCUUCUGCUGCAGGAUCUGUGCACUAACCCCUUCUCCCCAAUCAUCAGGCCAGAACAUCCCAGCACCAGUCUCAAGCCCCCCAUGCGCCUGGAGGAGAGGGACUAUUACAGUGACUGCUACUUGGCUCUGGAGCACGGCAGACAGUUCAUGGACAACAUGUCAGGAGGAAAAGUCGAUGAGACACUGGUCAAGAGCUCUUCUUUACACCACUGGGCCAAACGCAACGCUUUCGAUAUGAACAUGCUGUUCUCCCAGGACGUGCUGAGGAUGCUGCUGUCACUGCAGCCUGUCCUGCAGGACACCAUCCAGAAGAAGAGGUCUGUGCGCUCUUGGGGAGUCCAGGGCCCCCUCACCUGGCAGCAAUUCCACAAGAUGGCUGGCAGGGGAUCGUACGGCACAGAUGAAUCUCCAGAGCCCCUCCCCAUCCCCACCUUACUGGUGGGUAAUGAGUAUGACUUCGUGGUGUUGUCUCCUUUUGCUCUGCCGUACUGGGAGAAGCUUCUGUUGGACCCCUACAGCUCUCAGAGGGAUAUCGGAUACAUGGUGGUGUGUCCUGACAACGAAGCCCUGCUUAAUGGAGCCAGAACUUUCUUCAGAGAUUUGACAGCUGUAUAUGAGUCCUGUCGGCUUGGUCAGCACAGGCCCAUCGCCAAGUCUCACGCUGAUGGCAUUGUGACGGUGAGCGAUACUGAAUCCAAAGCUCUCACAGACCAGACUCUCACUGACUGGCUCCCAAAAACCAUCAACAGCAGCAGCGAGGUGUUUAACAAGCUCAAACUCUACGCACAAGUGUGCUGUCACGACUUGGCGUCCAUUCUAGCAUCCCAGUCUUUGGACAGCUCACUGCUUUCCCAGCGAAACCCAACCAGCUCUACACAAACUUCCAGCUCUGGCAGCCCCGUAACGGCCGCUCAGAACGCCACCCCAUCCACCAACAGCACCUCCAACACUAACACCACUACCACCACCACCACAACCACCACCACUUCCUCCUGCUCUCAGGGCAUAGGCACCAUGCCGUCUUCCAAGCCCAACUCACUGCCUCCUUUUGGGGGCUUGCAGUCCAGCCAGCCGAGUGGUGGUCAGAGUGCAGGGACUCUGGGGGAUGGCACAUCAGCCACCAGCCAACCUCAGGUCCAGUCUGAGCCUGCAGAGAGCACAAUGGAGAGAGAGAAGGUGGGGGUGCCGACUGACGGAGACUCCCAUGCUGUCACCUAUCCUCCCGCUAUAGUGAUCUACAUCGUAAACCCGUUCAGCUAUGAGGAGACAGGCCAAGGCGGCAAUUCUAGUGUGUGGACGAUGGGUCUUCUUCGCUGUUAUCUAGAAAUGCUUCAGUCUCUUCCCCCUCACAUCAGGAAUGCCGUAUAUGUCCAAAUUAUACCCAGCCAGUACUUACUGCAGCCGGUCUGGAGUGAGGAGCGCCAUAUAUACGCACAGCACCUGAAGUCUCUGGCUUUCUCAGUUUACACUCAGUGCAGACGGCGUCUGCCAACCUCCACUAAUGUCAAAACGCUAACAGGCUUCGGCCCCGGCCUGGCCAUUGACACUGCACUACAGAGCAAAGAGAGACCAGAGUGUUUACAUCUCUACGCACCGCCGUUCGUCCUGGCACCAGUGAAGGACAAGCAGACAGAGCUGGGUGAGACUUUCGGAGAGGCUGCCCAGAAAUACAACGUGCUGUUUGUGGCCUACUGCCUGUCACAUGACCAGAGGUGGCUCCUGGCUUCAUGCACAGACCAGUACGGAGAGCUGCUGGAAACCUGCGUCAUCAGCAUCGACGUACCCAACCGAGCUCGGAGGAAAAAGGGCUCUGCACGACGACAGGGCCUUCAGAAGCUUUGGGAAUGGUGCCUGGGCCUCGUACAGAUGACCUCACUUCCUUGGCGCAUUGUGAUUGGCCGGCUCGGAAGGAUCGGUCACGGGGAGUUACGUGAUUGGAGUAUUAUGUUGAGUAGGCGAAACUUGCAGUCUCUCAGCAGACGACUGAAGGAAAUGUGUAGGAUGUGCGGCAUCUCUGCCGCGGACAGUCCUAGCAUCCUCAGUACCUGUCUAGUCGCCAUGGAACCACAGGCUUCCUUUGUCAUCAUGCCAGACUCAGUGUCCACGGGCUCCGUGUUUGGCCGCAGCACGACCCUGAACAUGCAGUCGCAGUUAAACACUCCUCAGGACACCUCCUGCACUCACAUCCUCGUGUUCCCCACUUCUGCUGGCCUCCAGGCUUUUAAUCCCAACAACGAUGUCACAGAUGGCAUGGGUGGCAUGGAUGGGAUCUUAGACCUGCUGGCAGAGAAUGACCUGGUUGAUCCUGAUCUCAUUAACAUCUUACCCAACUCUCCCACCACCUCCCCAGUACAGUCGCCAGGCUCACAUUACCACCACGGAGGAGACGGCAGCAAGGGCCAGAGCACAGACAGGAUGGAGUCUCACGACGAGUCUCCUAACAUCCUCCAGCAGCCCAUGGCUCUGGGCUACUUUGUGUCCACGGCUAAAGCCGGCCCACUGCCUGACUGGUUCUGGUCAUCCUGCCCACAGGCAAAGAACCAAUGUCCUCUCUUCCUGAAGGCUUCUCUGCACCUUAAUGUUUCGUCAGUGCAGUCAGAUGAGUUGCUGCACAGUAAACACUCUCACCCUCUGGAUUCCAGCCAUACCUCAGAUGUGCUCAGAUUUGUGCUGGAACAGUACAACGCCCUGUCAUGGCUGACCUGUGACCCAGCGACUCAGGACCGCCGCUCUUGUCUGCCCGUGCACUUUGUUGUGCUCAACCAAAUGCACAACUUCAUAAUGAACAUGCUCUAACAAAUGAGGGGUUCUGCACAAGCGUUGCCAUGAUUUCUCACAGCAGACCCUGCAGAGACACAGCAUCACUGCACUGCCGCCGCAGGCUGGACAAAGCCACUUCAAUCAGACAGCGCACUUACUGCGAUGCCAGGCUGCCCAGUUCAUGCCAAGUGUUCAUCUCACAGCAACUGGAGGCAAAGGAACUAGUCCAUCUCAAUGAACUCAAAGUCCUGAUAAUGGCCUGAAAGUGCAGUUUGGGUCAGGUUUUAUCCAGUUGAAAUGCCUGCAUAUAUCUUAUUUAUUGUACGUUUUUAAAUGUGUAAUUUCUUAAUCUUUUAUAUUAUAUAAAGGCAGGAAGCUGCAUAUUGCCGCCUUAAAUGAAUUGAAAAUGGUUUGUCAUGUAUGUAAUUGUCUUAAUUACAGAACCGACAAGUGAAUUUGCUGUAGGUGGCUUUUAGAGGAAUAUUUAGAGAAAUAUUUUCUCCACAAUUUUUACUGUCACAGUGUACAGACGAAGUAUACAGGAGCUCGCGUUCUUACCUUUGUGUGGUGGGGACUUUAAGAUAGUCUGUAGCUACAGAAUUCCUGUACAGCAAUUUAAUGUGUUCAAAUAAGAGGACAAGAGGAACAUUGUCGGAUUAUAUAUUUUAUAUCACAGAUUUAGAGAAUUGUGUGUGUGUAUAUAAAUGUGUACAUACAAUUGUGUGCCGCUAUGGAUGGUGCAGCCAAUGUUUUAGGAAUAAAGUGUGUAAAACCUGAAA